GGCAAGCUCUAGCGAAGCUCUUGUGAAAUCCACGUUCCCUCUCACCUUCUACCUCUCAUUUCCCCUCCACCCCUCUUAGCUAAAAUCACUUCCCAGUCAUGUCACCCCCUCCUGAAGAAAAGAAACCCACUACCGUCGCCAAUGAUCUCCUUCUCGACUCUGAGUACGAUUCCGCCGAUGACAGCGACUUCGAUCCUAGCGCACUAGCCACCACCGCCGACAAUAACGUCGAAGACGACUUCACGGCCUCGUCCGAUUCCGAAGAUGACGCAGCACCAAAUACCAUCCCCACCACAGUUCCUAAAAAGAAACGAAAACGUGCGGCCUCAAUUUCCUCGAUCCCCAGCGACGAUGACGAGCAAGGCGCAGAAGUCAGCAUAAUCAAGACACGCGCGCAACGCCGCCUCGAAUCUCCUAGCCGCAAAACUGGCGGCGUAUCAGCCGGCACCGCGACCACCGAUGUCGACGCCCUGUGGGCCGCUAUGAACUCCCCCGCUGUACUCACCCCACUUCCUACGCCACAACAAGCCGAGUCGGAACCGUCACCGCCAGCCGUCUCGUCUACUACUGGCGAGAAAAUGGUCGAGAUUAAACAUACCUACGAGUUCGCCGGCAAGACAAUAACAGAGUCGAGGAUGGUCCCGCUGAGUUCGGAGAGUGCGCGCGUACAUCUGUCCUCUGCAUCUGCAUCGCCAGCACCUACACCGCCGACGGGGAGACGACCACCACCGAAGAAACGGGCGAGCGCGUUUGAUGCAGCAGCCGCAUCGAAGAGCAAGGCGGCGACGGCACCGGCAAAGAUAAACACACUUGAGAAGAGCCGACUAGACUGGGCGGGGUUCGUAGAUAAAGAGGGGAUUGGUGAUGAUCUUAAGAAGUGGAAUAAGGGCGACAAGGGUUACCUGGAUCGUCAGGCGUUUCUGGGUCGUGUGGAUGACAAUAGGGAUAAACAGUGGAAGGAGGGGAAGAAGAAGUGAUUGGGCGAUAGAAGGAGUAUACAUAUUAGACCGUGAACGGACGGAAGGCGGUGAGCCUUGUAAAAGGAGUUGGCUUGGGAUUCUUCAACUUGCUUUGAUCGAUUGGUGAUUCUGGGAGGCGCGCUAUAGAUACUACAUUGAUGUUCGGAUUGUCUGU